AGUAUCGUUUGCCCCUCUCCUAUCGCGAUAAGUGUAAUUCCUCUGCUUGGAGCUAUGCAAGGGAAAAGCUAAACUCUACACGCUUUGAGAAAAGCUUCACACAAGAGCCAUGAGUGUAACACUUACAAAGGGGGCGGUUGAAGCCCUCUACAAAGGCUUACAAGUGAACAACCCCGUGCUGCAGCUGCUGAAUAUCCGUCAGAUCAGUAACGCCUCAGGCCCACCCAGGUUUCGACUUAUGAUGAGCGAUGGGCAGCACUCUUUGACUUCUUGCCUGCUUGCCACCCAGUUAAACCAUCUUCCUGAAGGGAACCUCCUGGUACCAAACUGUGUGUGUUUGUUGAAAAAGACCGUCACCAACACUCUGGCAGAUGGCAGGCAUGUGGUUGUUGUGAUGGACAUGGAGAUAUUCCAGUCAGCGGAGGAAACUGGAGGGAAGAUUGGAAAUCCCACUCCUUAUAAUACAGAUGGUAAGACGUCGUCUCCACAGAAGGUGUCAUCAAGUACCUCUGUUCCAUACUCCCCUCCAGCUGCUGCAGUGCCUGGACCCUCCUAUAGGAACAGCAGCACAGCAGUUUCAGCUCCCCGAGGCAGUGGAGGUUUUACGGGAAAAGCACCCAUGAAAGCUUCUCCCAUGAAGGCCUCACCCAUGAAGGCCUCACCCAUGAAGGCCUCACCCAUGAAGGCCUCACCCAUGAAGGCCUCAGACGUAAAAACAUCACCCGCUAAGGCUUUAAGCAUGAAGGUUUCACCCAUGAAAGGUUCACCACUGAAGGGCAACAGUGCUUCUCCAGGUUCUUCAACAAAAGUGAUUCCUAUUGCAAACCUCAACCCCUACCAAAGCAAGUGGACCGUCAGAGCCAGAGUCGCCAACAAGUCGAGCAUUCGCACCUGGAGUAACUCCAAAGGAGAGGGCAAGCUCUUCUCCUUUGAGAUAGUGGAUGAGAGUGGUGAAAUCAAGAUCACUGCCUUCAACAAGGAAGUGGACAAGUUUUUCUCUCUAGUGGAGCAAGGCAAGGUGUACUACAUCUCCAAGGCUACACUGAAGGUGGCCAACAAACAGUACAGCACGCUGAAAAACGACUAUGAGAUGACCCUCCACGCUCAUUCAUCCAUUGUGCCAUGUGAUGAUAAUCAGAGCAUCCCCACAGUACACUGUGACUUUGUGCCCAUCGGAGAGCUGGAAAACCGAGACAAAGAUGCUAUCAUUGAUGUGAUUGGAAUAUGUAAGAGUGCUGAGGAUGUAUCCCGAAUCACCACGAAGAACAGCAGAGAAGUCUCCAAGAGGGCUCUCAGUCUAAUUGACACAACGGGCAAAGACGUGACAGUCACACUGUGGGGAGAGGAGGCAGAAAAAUUUGAUGGCUCUACGCAGCCAGUGGUUGCCAUCAAAGGCGCUCGCUUGUCAGAUUUUGGGGGAAGAUCUCUCUCUGCUUUGUUCAGUUCAACAGUCAUGGUCAAUCCAGACAUACCAGAGGCCUUUAGACUAAGAGCCUGGUAUGACCAGGAAGGCUAUGCACUCGCCAGCCAGUCGCUGACAGAGUCCAGGUCAGCAGGCACAGGAUUUAAGGUGAACUGGAAAACACUGAACGACAUUAAGAACGAAGAUAUGGGUCAUGGAGAGAAGGCACAGUAUUUCAGCUGCGUGGCGACAGUGUUGUACACUCGUAAGGAGAAUUGUCUCUACCAGGCUUGUCCAUCUGCAGACUGCAACAAGAAGGUCAUAGACCAGCAGAACGGACUGUACCGCUGCGAAAAGUGUAACAAAGAAUUCCCCAACUUCAAAUACAGACUCAUACUUUCUGCUAACUUAGCUGACUUCGGGGAUAACCAGUGGGUGACGUGCUUCCAGGAGACAGCUGAGGCCCUGUUGGGUCACAGCGCAGAAACACUCGGAUAUCUCAGACACACAGAUGAAGCCGCGUUUGAUGAAGUCUUCCAGAAAGCCAACUUCACAACACACAUCUUUAAAAACAGAGUCAAGCUGGAGACCUACAAUGAUGAGAGUCGAGUGAAGGUAACCGUAAUGGAAGUCCAGCCUGUCGACCACAGGGAAUACAGCCGGAGACUCCUGCAAGACAUCUACAAAUUGGCUAGAUGAACUUGCUCCCAGCCAUUCAAAUGUCUGUCUGGUCAAUAAAUAUGUCUUGCGCUGCUCUGCAACUGGUGUCCGACUUUUUCCACCUGCAAGAUAACAGCAUAUCUCAGUGAGACAGCAGACGGGGGCGGCCAGUGAUUCAUCUGAAUAAAUGGCAGCCAAACAAAGGCCUGAUAUUUAGUUGUUCACUUCCUUCACAGAGCCUGCUGUAGAAGAAAAAAUACGUGACAGAAAUUACUCCCAGCUUUAAUUUAAUGGCCUUUAAAUUUUUUUUUUUCUUCUCAUUUUAAAGAGAUUUUACUGUGUUCUAAACCUGCUUACAUUUUCAUGUCUUAUGCAUCAUGUAAACUGUGGUCACACCGUUUUUGUUUUCUUCAUAAACAGGAUUUGUUUCUUCAGUUUGAAAUCCGUAUUGGUGAUGUUCAUUGUUAGUUGAGUAACAUGUAGAUGAGUCAGAUUUAUUUCAUCUUUGUUUUUUUUUUGUUUUCAAAUGGAGCGCAGGAAAAAGUGCGUGGGGGUGCACAUGAAUGCGAGCUGCAUUCACAGCGUGUGCCGUGUUAAAAGAUACCUUGAGUAUGUGUGUUUGUGUUUGGUUUCCUUUUGUGCUUCCAACAAAUGUCAAACAAGACAAAAGGGAUUAAAAGGAUAU